GCAGCAGCCUCCCAGAGUUCAUGCUGUAAAGAUGGACGACCAACACUCACUCAAAAACAUUGACAGCCUCCUUUUUCAGUCUGCUCUUCAAACAAGAGAGCUUUCCCAAAAGAAGAAUGAAAUCAACCAACAAAUUAGAGUUUGCAGAGUUGACACUGCUGAGAAGAAGUCGUACAUUGAAACAAUCCACAGAAAUAUCAGAAAACUUGAGGAAGAAAUCAGUGUGAAGCAAAGCACUGUGAUUCAUAAUAAAGCAAAUGCUAAAAGCAUGAAGACGACCAACAGCCUGCUUCUUCAGUAUGAGCAGACCCUGAAAGCAGAACUGGAGAGCAAAAAAGCCAGCUACAACCAUGACAUGGAAGUCUAUGACGAGAGAAUUGCAAGCUGCAGGAAGAUAUUCCAGUCGCAUAAAGAACAUUAUUACCAAAACACUCUUGCUCAAAAGCUCCUAACGCUGCAGGCUGAAAAAGAGGAGAUUGAGUUUAGGAUCAAGGCUUGUGAAGAUCAAAUAACAAUGAAACAGAAGGAGCUGGACCAACUCACGGGUCCAGCCGUUGAUUCUUCCUCCACUGAGAAACUACCAGACAAUGUUACUGGCCAGCAGCCCAUAGCAGAACCAGAGGAACAAUUAGAUCCCCAGACAGAGGAGGAAAGUAGUUCUUCCAUUGACAUCUCUUCUCUUCAUCUCAACCAGACAAAGAAUGGUCAUAAAACUUCUGUAGAGGCAAAUACUGAAGAAAUGUGUGAGGAAAACGAGGUACAGUAUACUACCAGCCCGUCCUCAGGAGAAGAAAACAAUGAGCUCUGGUCAUGUCAGCCGCCGGAUGAGCAAAGAGAACCAGAUGAGAUGCACACUGACGAGCAGGAGCAGGAAACUGGACAAGAGGACCAAGUCUUGCAAUUCAUUGCAUCAGCUGUGGAGCAGUCAGUGGAGGUUGAGGUGGAGAAAAAAGUAGCUAUAGAUGAAGAUAAGGCACAAAGCGAGGUGGUCAAUGAGGGACUCGCUGCUUUUCCUCAGUCGUCAUCACCAGACAAAACUCUUCAGUCGACCCCGGUGGAAAUGACAGCUGUGCCUUCAACCCCAACAUUCCCAUUUAACUUUAGCCCUGCCAGCUCCCCACCACAGGGCACCUCUGAUACCAUAUCCCCAGCGUUCCUGUUCUCCCUGAACCCUGAGCCUAGCGUCCCGGGCUUCUCUGGGUUUGGAUUCGACUCGGGCUCUUCACAGGAUGAGGAGUCACCUUUCGCUUUUACCAGCUCUUUUUUCAACGAGAAGAAAACUACAGAGCCAAAGUCUUCAACCUGUCCUGAGUUCCUGUUUGGACAACCAGAGCAAAGUGAAGCUUUCCAGUUUCCCUUUACCUCCAAAAGCCCUCAGACAACUAACAACGAAAACACCAGGGAUGAUUUUCCAUUUUCCUUCAGUUUUUGA